AUGUCGAAUGUUCGGUUAACCUUCCUCUACCCACACUUGUUCCGGGCCGCUCGCCUUAGCGGCGAGUCUUCUACCAAGAUCCGAUGUCGCAAGUCCCCGAAUACCUGCUGUAAACCACGCAUGGCACUUUUCUCGUCUUCGACACCGUCCAGACAAGCUGUUUUCGAGAGACAUGGUAAGGCCGUGGAGCCAUUGCCUGUUACGCCCGACGUCGUAAACCUACCGGCGCCAGGCGCAGAUCCGUCAAAAUUGACGAGCUUCGAACCAGAACCAGAUAGCAAGGAUGCUACAAAUAAAGAGAAGGAAGUAGUACAAGAACCCCAAGAGCAGGAUGAUGCAGAAACGAAAGAACCAGGGCAGACUGAGGUUCCAUCCCAAGAGAAACCUACACCUUCCAGCGCGGCGCCUUUAAAUCCUCAGCAAGCUGCGACGGAGGCGAAGAUGCAACAGAGUGGACCGAUGGAAGCAGUGUUACAUAUACCACCGCCCGAAUCAGCGCACCACCCGCAUAUAUCGACGCCUCCCUAUGUUCAUCAUUUCGACAGCUACAGCCUUGUCAAGGAGUUGGAAAUUGGUGGGUAUAGUAAAGAUCAGGCCAUCACAGUUAUGAAGGCUAUUCGAGGAUUAUUGGCUCAGAAUUUAGACGUCGCUCAGGAAGGACUAAUUAGCAAAAGCGACGUUGAUAAUGUGCGAAAACUAUCCUCCGUCGGCCUCUUCUUCCCGGCUAAUGAACUUGCGCAGGAGACAUACCUGUUCCGUGCUGCCUGCUCAGAACUUAGUGCCGAAGUGAAAAACAACAGGAGGGCAGCUGAUGAGACGACCCGUCAGCAGCGAACCCAGCUACAGCAUGAGGUCGAUAUCCUGAGCCAACGGAUGAGUCAGGAUCUUAUGACCCUGAAGGACGAUGUUAAGGGCAUGUUCAAUGAUCGCAGGAUGAACGUGAGGGAAGAGCAGAGGACUAUGGAAAGUGCUAUCCAACAACUCAACUUGAAAAUCAGCGUUACUCUCAACAGCGAUUCCAGAUCGGAUAUCGAAGGCUUAAGAUGGGUGCUAAUUCGUCGAUCCGUAUUGGGUAUCCUAUUUAUGGCAGUAAUGACUCUGGGUACUUUGCGUUAUGCAACAUAUAUCAAACAUGAGAGGCAAAAGGAGGCAGAGGAAAAGGCUCGUCGCGCUGAAAGGCUUAGGGAAAAUCUUGGAAGGGAAGACCAUGCUCCUUCGGUGGAUGCUGCGGAAAUAUUGGCGGCCAAUUAG